GACAGGAGCUCGUGAUCAUCUGCGCACCUCGCGCAUUUCGCGCAUUGUGCCGCACCGCAGAACACAUCUGGAUGCGGCGUAAUGCGCGCGCACUAGAGAGAGGGGAAAAGACAGAGAGUGUGUGUGUGUGUGUGUGUGUGUGUGACCCGAUGUACUGUAGCUCUCUGGUGCAUCAUGAUUCGCAGAGGAUCUUCUAGAAUGCUGUGAAGGGGGACGUGAAGAUGGCGACUGGAGCAGGACGGCAGCAUCAGCAACAGCAGCAGCAGCAGCAUCCUCCUCCUGCUCCUCCUCCUCCUCCUCCGGGAAACCCUGCUCCUCCUGCCGCCUGUGCAUCAGGACUCAGUCCGUCCUCCACAUCAUGCAACCUGUUUUACGAGUCAGGUCUCACCAUGGAGUACACGCACGACCUGCACCUGAAGAUGAGCAAGAAAAUAGCCCAGCUCACCAAGGUCAUUUAUGCACUCAACACCAAAAACGAUGAGCACGAAGAGGCCAUCCGUUCCCUGAAAGAUGCUCAUGAAGACGAGCUCGAGCACGUCUUGAGCGAGACCCGUGAGAAGAUCUUGCAUUACCGGAGCAGGAUGGGUGCCGAAGCCGAGCUCAAGCGGCGGCUCCACACUCUGGAGGAAUCCCUGGAGCUGCACGACCAGCUGAAACAUGAGGCGCUUGCUGAGUUCGAGCUGUACCGGCGUCGUGUGGAUGAGAUGCGGCUCAGCUCAGAGGAGCAGCACUCGCAGCGUGUCACCUCCAUGCAGCGUGAAGCCGAGGAGCUCCGCUGCGACUUCGAGGAGAAGCUGCGUUGCUUUAGCCAGCUGGAAGCCCGAAUCGAGCAGGAGAAGCAGCGGGCGAUGGAUGAGCUCAAAUCCAUCCAUCAUCACGAGCUGCAGGAGCUCGUGGAGAACCACCAGCAAAGCCAGAGCGCCUCGGUGUGCGUGGAUCAGGAGGAGCUGAUCGAGCUGGAGGAGCUUAUAGAGGAGCUGAAGCAGGAAAAGGAGAAUCUGGAGGAGGAGUAUGAGGCGAAGCUGGACGAUUCGCGUGCAUUUUAUGAGCGAGAGCUCGAGUCAAUGAGACGCACGCAGCAGCUCACAACCGAGAACCUGUUAGCCUGGAAGAGGAGUGAAGUGGAGCUCAGGAAGGAGUUUCAGCUGCAGGAGGCCGCACUGCAGAGGACGCUGUGCAAACUUCGCUCUGAUCUGCAUCGUGCACAGGAGGAGGCGCGCGAGAGCCGGGACAAGACCAACAGGCUGCAGGCGUCUCUCAAUAACGCCGAGGUCACCAUUAAGGAAUUACAUAAGCAGCUGGAGGAGGCCAUACAGGACAGAGAGAUUUGGGUGAUGCAGCUAAAGGAUACGGAGUACGAGUUGGAGGGAAGCAGAGAUCGAGUGCAACAGCAGGCCACUGAAAUCCUUCACAAAGCCAGUCAGAUCGGGACGCUGCAGGCCACUCAGAUGAGCCACGAGGCCACGAUCAAGGACCUGCAGCAGGAGCAGAGCCGACUGAGGGAGAAGAUCGUCCAGCUGGAGGAGGAGAAGGACAGACUGCAGAGUCAGAGCCAGGCUUUAGACGAACAGCAGCGCCUGCAGAUCCUCAACCUGGAGAAAUCCCUGUGUGAGCAGAAACAAACCUACGAGCUGGAUUUGGCUCAGGCCCGGGCUAAAUACGAAGAGGAGGCUGCUCACGUGAAAGAAGACGAAGCUGAGGCUCUUGAGGAGGUCAUGGAGCAGCACAGAGAGCAGCUGGAGAGUGCACACAGCGCCGCAGAGAGAGAGAAAAACCAGAUCAUUAACGAAAUGAAACAGCAGUAUGAGAUUCAGCACCUCUCGCUGGAUGAACAGAGGAGCCGCAUGCAGCAGCAGCUGGACACGUUCCGUGAGGAGCUCACUGCCAAACUCAACAUUGCCAACCAAGAAGUAUCUCAUCUGAAGGAGCUGGUGAGGGAGGGUGAAGCAAACCUGGAUUCAGCUGAGAACCACAUCUCCCGUCUGAAGGAGAACCAGGAGAAGCUGCUCAUUGAGCUGGAUGCAGCCAGAGCCAGAGUUAGAGAAACCAGCCAUGUUCUCACUGAUCUGCAGGAAGAGAUCGAAAGCCAGAAGCAGCAGCACGAUGCCAGGAUCAUUGCCAUCAAAGCUGAGGAAAAGCAGAAAAUGGAUAAAAUCACCGAGGAGCUCGAUCACAAAUGGACAGACGCUCUGAGAGCUGAGCUUAAGACGCUAAGAGAGGAGCUGACGGAUGAAUACGAAGCCGAUAAGCAGGCGGCUUUCAGCCAGUUAUCUCAGCAGAGAGAUGUGGAGAUCAUGGCGGCCAGAGAGAGCUGGCAGAGGAGGGUGGAGGAUCUCCUCGAACAGAUCUCCUUACUGAAGCAAAGUCUGAAGCUUCAGCUCUCGCAGUCGAACAGCGCUCUGCAGCAGCUCCAGUCUCAGUUCACUCAGGAGCGACAGCACUUGGCGCAGGAGCUGCACGAGUUAGCGCUGGAGCACCAACGGCGAGAGCACCAGCUGCAGGACGCCCACUGCAGCACCAUGCAGGACCUGGAGGAGGCGCGCCAGCUCGAGCUUAGGGAGCUGGAGGACCGGCUGAAGCAGGAGCAACGUGAGGAAGUGCACGCUCUAAGAGAAGCUCACAGACAGACGCUGGAGAUUUUGCAGCAACAGUCUGAUCAGGAGCUGCAAACUCUACGCUUCGAGCUUGAAGACGAGGGAAAGGCCAUGCUGGCCUCUCUGCGAUCCGAGCUGAAUCACCUCCAUGCCACAGCUAUUGAGCACCUGAGACAGAAAAACCUGCAAGAAAAAACAGUAUCUAAAAGAGAGCUGGACAAAACAGUGGAGUGCAGCAAACACCAUGAGCAGGAUCUGCUGGUUCAGUUAUCAGACCUGCAGAAGGAGGCGAACUGCAGAAAGAACCGUGUCACCGAUUUGGACCAUGAGAUUCACUCUCUGAACGAAACCAUCAACACGCUGACCAAAGAGCUGGAGCUGAAGGGCAAAGAGGUUCUGCGUGCCCGCAGCGAAGCCAAUCUGCAGAUCAGGGCUCAUGAACAAGACCUGUCUAAGAGGCACGAGAGGGAUUUGGGGGAGCUCAACACAAGCCAUAACAGAGAAACGCAAAUCAUGUUGUCAGAUUUUAACAAAGCUCAGGAGCUGCUAAAGGACAAGAUCUCCGCUCUGCAAAUCCUGCUGGAGGGCACAGAGGAGAAGUUUCGAAACCGCGAGAGCAGACCAGAGGAUCUGCAGACGAUCGCAGAGCUCCGAGAGAUGGUGGCUGAAAGAGAAACUCUGGUCAAAAAGCUGGUGGAUGAUAAGAAGUUCUACCAGCUGGAGCUGGUGAAUCGAGAUACGAGCUUCAAUAAAGUGUUUAACUCCAGCCCCAAUGUGGGGGUCAUUAACCCGCUUAUAAAGCAUAAGAGUAGAAAAGCUGCAAUCCGAUUCGUCAGCUCUCCAAACCUAAGUGUUGUGGAAGUCGAAGGGAGAGGGGCGGGGCCUACCAGCCUAGAGUCUGUCCCAAGUUCCCCCAAUCAGCACGCAGAGCACAAAGCUCCGUCCCUGACCCUGCCCACGCGGAGCCCUCGUGAGAGCGACAAUCCGACAGUACCAUCAGAAGAGCCGCAGGAACUCUCGUCCCAAUACUUCUCGUUCUGACACUUUCCACCUGAAGAGCAUGUGAAACAGCACUUUUCAGUCGUCCAUUAGUUCGUGUUAUGCACUUCACUGUGACUUUCACUUCCUGAUUUUAUUUCUAUAAUAAUUAUUAACAAUAUACCUUUCACUUGGGCAUUAAUGCAAUAUGAGAGGAGAGGUAUAUCCGAUUUCGUUAUAUGCACAGAUCAGAUAAACUCUUCUUGAAGGACCGAAACUGUUGGAAUAACACUGUCUUGCCAGAUUAAAAAAAAAAAAAUUACAAUUAAUUGCACAAUUAAUUGUUUAUAUUUGUAUUAUAUUGUCUUGUUACAAACAAUAAACCAUCAAUUAUAAAGAGAUGUUUGUAUCUUCCGAUUCAAAUAUUGUUAACAGAAAAUAAGUGUGU